UGUCACAUGUAUAGCUGUCAAUCAAUAUCUAAAAUUCAAUACGCGCAUAAUAAUGGGUUUCUGGCUUACAUUCGAGAAAGUACAAUGCUGGGUCAUCGUUUUCUUGACACCCACUGUUUUCUUGGUCGAGAUGGCAGUGGUCAGACCGGACAUAGUGGCGAGGUACUCCAUGGGAAGCUUCAAACACGCUUUGCACAUAGUGUUGUCCACGUUCUCCUUCGUCAACGUCGCCGGUAACAUGAUCAUGGUCAUUUUUACUGAUACAAGCGUGAAGAGAGGGAACACACAAGGAAUUUACUGUGAAGUUUGCAAAUUAAAGCGGCCACCUGACGCCUGGCACUGCAAGACUUGUGACAUCUGCAUAGAGAGGAGAGACCAUCAUUGUUUCUUCCUGCACCGCUGCAUCGGCCGUCAAAACCAUCGGUAUUAUAUACUAUAUUUGUUCCAUAUGGCAGUCUCCAUGCUGUACUCAGGGUAUUACAACUAUUUGUACCUCAGCGCGAUGUUUGAUAACUACGGCUUCUUGUUGGCGAUCUGCCGUAUGCUGAACCCGAUGGUGCGGAUGUUCGUGAAGCACGACUGCCUAGGACUACAAGAUACUUACACGAUAUUUUUUCUAGCAAAUGUUGGUCUUUUUGUGUGGUCUGCCGCACUGUGCCAUUAUCAUUUGCGGAACGUUAUCAGAGGACUGACCUGGCAUGAGUCCAUGAAGAAGAAGUUCUUCUACAAAGGCAGCCGGCUCGCCGACGAGUAUUGGAAAGAGAAUCUGAUUUCUGUGUUUGGAACUAGAUGGUAUUGGGCCAUAAUAUGGCCGUUUGCUAAAAGCCCUUUGCAAGGAAACUUUAAAUCAUCUUUGAAAAUUGCAUAAUUUGCUUUUGCAACAUAAUCAUUCUUUAUUUUAUUAUUUCUUUAAUAAUUUUAGACUUGUUCGUGUUGCAUUGAUGAUGGUUGAAUAAAUAUAUUUACUUCUUUA